UCGUUCUCACGGUUUCACUCGCGCCACUUGCACUGCUAAAUUGAGUCUGUGUCGUCAGGAUAGCAACUUGGACUGUUGGAAUUGUUUCGUUGCAAGGUUAUGGCACAGUAAUUCGUCGAGUAAUUUUGGUAAAUGUUUUCUCACGCUCGGUUUUUUUAUCCUCUCAAAACCUCUGCAGUAAACCAACGUCCGUCGUGUCUCACAAAAUAUGGAGUGGACUGUUCGUGUUAGCGAAUUUAAUUCCCCGCCCUGCAUCUAUUUUUGUUCAACUUUUGAUCUUGGAAGAGGAAUCCGCGUGAAGCCCGACCACAGCGGGGUGGUGACAGAUGGCGUCAAGCACUCCAUGAACCCGUUCUGUGAGAUCGCUGUGGAGGAGGCCGUCAAACUCAAGGAGAAGAAGUUCAUCAAAGAGGUGGUGGCCGUCAGCUGUGGGCCCGCGCAAGUAACGGAGACCAUCCGUACUGCACUGGCCAUGGGGUGUGACCGCGGCAUCCACGUGGAGGUCUCAGGAAAAGACUACGAGGCCAUGGGACCCCUGCAGAUCUCCAAGAUCUUUGCUGCCCUAGCCAAGAAGGAGGAGGCCUCACUCGUCAUUCUGGGCAAACAGGCCAUUGAUGAUGACUGUAACCAGACAGGUCAGAUGACGGCAGCCUUGUUAGACUGGCCUCAGGGCACAUUUGCCUCUGAGGUGACCAUCGAUGGGGAAAAGGUGAAGGUGGUGAGGGAAAUCGAUGGUGGUCUAGAGACCAUCAAAAUCAGCAUGCCAGCCGUCCUCACAGCAGACCUUCGACUCAACACCCCCAGAUACGCCACCCUGCCAAACAUCAUGAAAGCCAAGAAGAAGAAGAUAGCCAACAUGAAACCAGCAGACCUGGGGGUGGACAUGGUGUCGCGAAUGGAGGUGUUGAGCGUGGACGAACCCCCAACGAGACUGGCCGGAGUGAAGGUGGAGACGGUGGAUGACCUGGUCGCCAAACUCAAGGCUAACGGAACAAUCUAGAGGCCCUGUGGGAGCCAAAGGGAGAGUGCAGGGGACACAGGGGUCUCUGUUUGAGAGAUGUAACAAAGUAAUUUAGCAAACAUGGAGGACUGGUUGCAUAAGGCAGAACCCAUCGCCACCCGGCCCUCUGUGUUUAACUCUGACUUCCAUGAUAGUAGCCUACUGACCUGGAAUAAAGAGAUACUGAGAAACACUGUCCUAUAGGAACCCACACAGCCCAGAGGGUGAAGAAGAAGAGGGUCUGUUGUUAUUGUGCAAUUUAAUUCACAUGGUACAUCUGUAUUGUAAUUAAUGUAUCUUCUCUGUGAGUAGAGGUAACUAGGUAUGGAGGACCUAGACUCAAAAAAUGCACAACUUCCAAGCCAGUAAUAUAAGUCAGUAACUUUCUUUCACCCAUGUUUCUGUAUGUGUUGCACUAUACAUUUAAGAGUGUCACAAUAACAUUUUCAUCUGUAACAUGGACCUAUGAAAACCCUACAUUGACACAUCUGGGCUAUGCAGUUUGAGUUGGAUGCUAUGUGUAAAUAAGAACCCAAAGUUGCCGAGCUGAAUGUGCAUUCAGGGUUCGUGAUAUGUCUACUGACUUGGUUUGUAUAAAGUUUAUAUAAAUAUCAUUAUUUCUGGGUUGGGUGGCAGCUCUGGUUGGACAGUGUCUCUCAGUAGAUGUGGGAAAAUGAUUAAAAAGAACACACGCAAAGUUGACUCUUUACCAUAAGCGCCUCUUCUGUUUAGAUUGUACAGCAUCCUACCAUAACAAUAAAGGUAUCUUUCAUAUCUACA